ACGACUAUAAAGUCGCUUUGGGACUGAGAAACUCCGGUCACUAUUUUGCGGGAGUCUACGAAGAAAGACCUAAUCUCCAAGCAGAUCUUUCGGUGGCAGUAAAGACGACAGUAUCAAAUUGGCAAGACAGUACUGUAUCAAACAGCAGUAUCCAUCGGUCCGUUAUGUUGAAGAUAGCGGUACUUGUGUCCGUGUUGGUUCUAUGCGCCGGAGGACCGCUGCGAAAACAACAGAGCGAUCCCGCAGAAGAGCUUCGUUCCCUCGAGGAAAUUCUCCGGAAGCUGUUGACAGAGAAAAGGGAAAACUCAGGUGGGGAGUCUGUGGAGACUGAAACCUCUACAGAACAAGAGGAGACUGUAGACCUCGAGGGAAAGGAAGAGCAAGUGGAAAAGACGGAAGAAGAGAAAGGAGAAGAGGUGGGGAAGGGAGAGGACUUCGGGGGGAACGUGGGAGAGAAUGAAGGAGAGCAAGAAGAGGCAGAGAAUAAAGGAGGGCAAGAAAAGAAAGACGGGAACAAGGGAGAGAUUAAAGGAGAGCAAGACAAAGAGGAGGAAGGGAAAGUGGGAGAGAAUAAAGGAGAGCAAGAAGGGAAAGUGGGAGAGAAUGAAGGAGAGCAAGGGAAAGAGGGAGAGAAUAAAGGAGGAGAGCAAGAAGAAGAGACAGAAGGGAAAGGAGAAGAGGUGGGGAAGGGAGAGGACUCCGAAGGGAACGUGGGGGAGAAUGAUGGAGAGAAAGAGAAAGAAGGGAAAGAGGGAGAGCAAGAAGAGGCACAGAAUAAAGGGGGGCAAGAAAAGAAAGACGGGAACAAGAUAGAGAUUAAAGGAGAGCAAGACAAAGAGGAAGAAGGGAAAGAGGAAGAGAAUAAAGGAGGAGAGCAAGAAGAAAAGACAGAAGAGAAAGGAGAGGAGGGGAAGGAAGAGAGAGAAGACUCCGAAGGGAAAGAGGUAGAAAAUGAAGAAGAGAAAGAAGGGAAAGUGGGAGAGAAUAAAGGAGAGCAAGAAGAGAAAGAAGGGAAAGAGGGAGAGAAUGAAGGAAAACAAGAGACAGACGAAGAGGAAGGAGAGGAGGAGAAGAGAGAAGACUCCGAAGGGAAAGAGGGUGGAGGGAAUGAAAGAGAAAAACAAGAAGAGAUAGGAGAGCAAGAAGAAGGGAAAGAAGGGAAA